AUGGCCAUAACAAGAGCUUAUAAGAAUACAAUCAAGUACACUAAACAAAAAAUAAAAACGGCCCAACUUACGCGGGGUCCAGGGGAUCUUCGGAGUAGACGACACGUGGGAGUGAAGACUUUGCGGCCAAAGCGCGUGAGGACACCUAUAAGUGAGUCAAGUCUGACGUGGCCACGUUUCAGCGGGGGUCCUACGCUGGAAAGAGCUGGGAUAACCGAAACGUGUCGUCGCUUUCAGUAA